AUGUCGAAUUGGAUCCUCAUACCCUCGGUGCUCGUACCGCUCAUCAUCGUGGGCGCGGUCGCAUCUCGCUUCUUCGGCGGCAACAAGCGCGGCGGCUACAGUGGGAAAUAUGAUCCCAAGACUGGCCUCGGUCGAGGUGCUCCUGGCUUCCAAACGGGAGUGAAGCGAAUGGCAGUGACGCCGGAGAUCGCGGCAAGGAUGCGUGCAGGAGAGCAGGUGUCCGCCGAAGAGAUCGAAGCAGCCGUUGCAAAAGCACAGUCGCAAGAGCAAGCAAAGUCGACGGCGGUUCGCAAUUCAAACGUGGAUCAGGACUGGCUGCCGCAGGCUGGGCGCAGUCCUGCCGGUAAGAAGAGCAAGAAGCGCUGA